AGCAGGUCAGCUGAUAGUGAGAUCACCAUAAGACUAGUCAGAAGACCUUCUGCCGCAGCAUAAACAGCCGCCAGACGACACAGACGAGAUCGAAAAGCUUCAUCAAGACAUAAUGCUUCUCACGCUUCUUUUUAUUUCCACCGCGGUGGCAACUCCACUGCUGGGUACGGAGCAGUGUGCCCGUGGCCCCCCCUACUGGUGCCAGAAUGUCAAGACUGCUUCACUUUGCGGUGCAGUUCAACACUGCCAACAGAAUGUGUGGAUCAAGCCUCAGAUGAAAUCUGUGCCAUGUGAUCUGUGCAAAGAGGUGAUCGUGGUGGUGGAGCAACUAUUGAAGGAUAAUGGCACAGAGAGUGAAAUCCUUGGAUACAUGGAGAAGGUCUGUCACCUGAUCCCUGAUACGGGCCUGGCUGGAGAGUGCCAGGAUAUUGUGGACAACUACUUCCCCAUUCUCAUGGGCAUAAUCGAAGGAGAGCUGGACAACCCUAGUGUGGUGUGUGGUGCUAUGGGCCUGUGUGUGUCCCAGCAGGCAGCUCUAGCUAAAGCUCUGCUUAUGUCAAAUGAAAUCCCUCAAGUGGACCUGACCCAGCGUGUCAACCCCUUCCUGCUCAACAUCCCUCAACUGCUCUACCCCAAAGAAAAUGUCAAGGAGGAAACCCCCAAACAGAGUGGAGAUGUGUGUCAGGACUGCGUUACAUUCAUCACUGACACUCAGGAUCAGGCCAAAUCCAACGCCUCAUUUGUCAACUCUCUGCUGAUGCAAGUGGAGAACCAGUGUGAACUCCUGGGACCUGGCAUGUCUGAUAUGUGUAAGGAGUACAUCAGCCAGUACGGACCCCUGGUCAUUCAACAGCUCAUGUCUAUGCAACCCAAGGACAUUUGCUUUCGUGCUGGUUUCUGCCCCACCGGGCCCAAGAGUGUACUCAUGCAGAAACUGGUGCCUGCCAAAUCCAUCCCUGCCAGUAAAUCCAUCCCUGCUGUCAAGAUGUUCCCUGCAAUCAAACUUGAAACACCUGUCGUUGCCAAGAAGAUGAUGCGUGUGCGUGACCCGCCACAGUGUGCCAUCUGCGAGUAUGUCAUAAAGGAGGUCGAGGCAAUGCUUGAGGGUCAAACAUCCGAGGAACAGAUUGUGCAGGUUGUGGAGAAGGUUUGUGACAUUUUGCCCUCCACACUCACAACUCAGUGCAAGGACCUGAUUGAGGCCUAUGGAAAGGCCAUCAUUGAUCUGCUCGUGCAGGAGGCUGACCCCAAAACCAUAUGCGGUUUCCUCGGGCUCUGCAAUCAGGCCAGCCGCACCUUUAUCCCUGAAAUGGACAUUGCCAAGUUUCAGAAUGGCGGUUUGUGUGACGUGUGUAAGAUGGCUGUGCGUUACGUGGAUGGGAUCAUGGAGCAAAACGCUACUCAGGCAGAGAUUGAGGAUGCCGUGAGGAAGGUCUGCAAAUUCCUGCCUGAUUCAGUCCGAGAUGAGUGUGAUCAGCUCGUCCAACAGUACGAACCUCUGCUGGUACAGCUGCUGCUCCAGACACUCGACCCUGACUUCAUCUGCAUGAAGCUGGGAGCAUGUCCUGGAGCCGUGCAGAGGCUGCUGGGACUGGAGCAGUGCAGCUGGGGACCUGGAUACUGGUGUAAGAACGUGGAGACUGCUGCACGCUGUAAUGCUUUGGACCACUGCAGGCGCCACGUGUGGAAUUAAAGGAGAUACAGAGCGUCCCAGAACAAUCUUGGGGAAACUUUUAUUUUAAUUUUUUUUGCUGUAGCGCUGUUGUUUUAGUUUUGAAAUCAAUACUUUGUUUUCUUUUUAAAAGUGACAAAUUUAAAUGAUGUCACCACUGAUUUAACAGCCUUGUUUUUGGGGGAAAAGACAGCUUUUUAUUGAAAGGACUUCACAUUUUUUGAGGGGGCAGGGUUUUGGAGGGAGUUAUGACUGGCAGGUGUAGCUAUAUGGAAAAUACACUGGAAUUUAAGCUGCUUUGGCGUUCUAGGGGAUCUUUCUUUUUCUAAAAGUAAUGUUUUUUUUAGUUGUACUGUGUUCCUUUUAAAUAUGCACAUAGCAUUUGAGUCUUGGGAGGAAAAUGUAAAUGGAAAUAGCUAGUGCCUUUGACAGAUGAAAGGGUUUGUGAACUCUAAGAAUGAAGAUUAAAUGUACCAGACAGUUAUAGGACCCCUGAAUAUCCCCUGCCUUCCUGCUCUCUGUAACUACAUAUACAAGCACAUGCAAGGCCAGUGUUCUGAUUUAAACUUCUUGUUUUUAAUAGUGACUGUUUGAUAUUAACAGAAGUUCAUUCUCUUUAACUUCUGUCUUAUUAAUGAGCUGAAGGGGAAAGUGGUCUUGAUUUGGCCCUACUUAAUUUUUACCACUCACUUCAACUGCUCGAUAAUUGUUUUCAGUAAUGAUCAGAUGUGAUCUUGUGCUUCGCACAAGACUGUUCAGACUGAGCCUUUUUCUUUUUUUUUAACAACUGAAAUUAAACCCACCGAAACCCA